ACCACGACUGACCUGGUUGAACACAUGCCCUUAAAAUGGCCUUUGCUGGUGCCUGGGUGAGACGUCCAGCCUCCUGGAGUGUCUUGGGACCUGGAAGGGCGCAGAAUGAAGUCGCCGGUAGGGGAGGCUCGGCGGGGGACGAGUACAGAGAAGGCCGCCGCUCGGCCAGCCCUGCUGGAGGCGCUGUGGGCUCGGCCUGGCGGCCGGGCAUGCGCAGUGCGUCGGCGGGCAGGGGGCCGACAGACUGAACCCGGAAGCCCGGUAGCCCACGUGGGAGGUGGGGAGGCGCCUCCGGGUUCGGCUACGAGGUUCUGGGUAGUCUUUGCGGUAGUGGGCAGGCCGUUCGUCCCCUUCACCCGUGUUGGGGACCGGGGAACAGGCCCUGGCGGGAGUAAGCGCUCCUGAUUACGCUGCAGGGGCAUUGACCAUGGCCCUGCUCUCGGCCGUCGGGGGCGCGACCUGGCGUUGCUCAGGUCGCCUCCCCGCGCGUCAUUUCUCCGGAGCGGCGCGGCGUGGGGAGCGGCCAGGCGGGGAGGAGCUGAGCCGCCUGCUACUGGAUGACCUGGCGUCGACCCCGCGCUCUGCCGGGAGACUGGAGCUUCUGUUUGGCCUGUCCCCUUGUCUUCUGGCCCUGCGGGCAGCCCGUCGCCGCGUGGCCAGGCUCCUGCUCCAGGCCGGCAGGUCCGGGUUGCAGGGGGAGCGGGCCGAGCUGCUCCGGGCGGCAGAGGCGCGGGACAUCCCAGUUCUGCGGCCCAGAAGGCAGAAGCUGGACGCCCUGUGCCGCUCUCAGGUACACCAGGGUGUCUGCAUGGAGGUGAGCCCGCUGAAGCCUCGGCCUUGGACCGAGGUCGGGGAGGCGAGGCCAGGCGACGACCCCCAGCAGCUGUGGCUCGUCCUCGAGAGGAUCCAGGAUCCCCGGAAUCUUGGGGCCCUGCUGCGUUCUGCUCACUUCCUCGGAGUGGAUAAAAUCAUCACCAGCGGGAGAAACAGCUGCCCGCUCACCCCGGUAGUCAGCAAGGCCAGCGCGGGAGCUAUGGAGGUGAUGGACGUGUUCUCCACUGAUGACCUGGCCGGUUUUCUACAGGCCAAAGCCCGGGAGGGCUGGCUCGUUGCUGGCACGGUGGGCUGCCCAGGGCCUGAGAUUUCCCCGUCCUCUGAGAUCCCCAUCACUAGCUGCUUGGAGUUCCUCUGGGACCGGCCUACUCUCCUAGUGCUGGGUAAUGAGGGCUCUGGUCUGUCCCAGGCAGUACAGGCCUCCUGCCAACUUCUCCUGACCAUCCUACCUGGCCGGCAGCUGCCUCCUGGACUCGAGUCCUUGAAUGUCUCUGUGGCUGCAGGAAUUCUUCUUCACUCCAUCUGCAGUCAGAGGAAGGGUUUCCCUGUGGAGGGGAAGAGAGAGCAUCUUCUCCAAGACCCCCAAGAACCCUCAGCCACAUCAGAAGGGCCCGGAGUGGCACGGCACCCAGGACCGUCCUCGGGGUCAGAACAAGAGAGGCAGAAUGUGAGCUGACUUGGACUGAGUUGUGUGUGCUGGAGGGCACACAUUCCCACACGCACGAAUGUGCUGGAGUCUCUUGCCAGAGGGUGUACAAGGCCCCUGUAGAUGAACCACUGUCUUGGGGAGCAGGGAGCUCUGCAGUAGAGACCAGAGGAAAUUUGUUUCCUCUUCUGAUUUUGGAAUUGUGGUUGGAGGUGGCGGCUGCUUCAUCUCCAGGGUGUGGUGGGUCUCUCCUGGGCCCUGCCUGGAAGUUGACAUCAGAAGGGAAUCGGACAGCCCAGUCCAGGUGUCCUGUGCCUCUUGAACCAGUGUGAGAAUGUAGAAGGAGGCCCGGAUUCCUCUUGUGGAUGAGGCAGGUACAAAUCCAGGCUCAAACCCUGCCCCACUGGCGGCCUUGAGCACAUGGCUUCCUCCGUAGGCACCUGCCUCACAGGGAUCUAAUAAAAUCACCUGGGCCGUUCUGUCCUGUUCCUCCACGAGGUGGCAGCCUCGCUCUUUGAUCCACAGUCUCUUCUGGAAGCUUUUUCAGCCUGCUAGGGAGAUGCUUGGCGGUGGCCUCCAGAGAGGCAAGGGAAAGAUCAGCAAACACCUCUCACCUCACUGGCCCUCCAGAACCCCUCACCAGCGACUCAUUGGUGCCCCUCUGAGAAAGGAUCGGAUGAACCAGAGUUGUGGCCUUUGGUUCUGUGAAUUAGCACAGGGUUGCUGUGGAUUGUACAACCCAGAUGGGUUUGGUGCUCCUCCCACGGGGUCCCACAAAUGGAGCAGAAACGCCCAGUAUAAGUGGUUUAGAGCAGUCUUGGCUGCACAUUGGAACCAUCUGGCAAGCCUUCAAAAACACCUGACACUGGGGACCUACCCCCAGAGAACCUGAUAUAAAUGGUUGGGGGGGCAGCCUGGGUAUUGGGAUUGUUAAAUCCCCCAAAUGGGUCUGCUGUGUCGCCCAGGCUGAGAACCACUGGAGCGGGAGUUCUGGACCUUGGCAGUCUUGACAUUCACCGGGACGGCUUGUCCUGUGCAUUGUAGGGUGUUCGGCAGCGCCCCCGGCUUCUCCCCCCCCAGAUGCCAGUAGCAGGCCCUGCCCGUGUUGUGACAACCGAACAUGUAUCCAGACAUUGCCACAUGUCCCCCGGAGGACACACUUGCCCCUAGUUGAGACACUGCUCUGGAGCAUGAAUCUGGAGAACAGCAACCUAAGUUCAAGUCCUGAUUGCUGUGUGACCUUGGGCAAGUUCCUUUCCCAUCUGAGCCUCAGUCUCCUUGUCAGUGAAGGGGAAUCACCCUCCCUUCCCAAGUUUUGAGGACAGAGAGAGCAAGUGAGCUCAGCGCCUCCCACACCGUGCUCAGUAAAUUGUAGCACCCUUUUCUCUUCGGAAUGAAUUUAUCUUGGAAUUUUGUUGGGGAUGUCAACUUAGAAAGACGUUAAAAAGGCCUAAGAUUGUUCUAAAGUCAAAGUUUUUCGUCUCAAGAAAGAGGAAGUAACCCUUUUGUAAAACUCCACAGAUCUCUCUACCACUUGGUCCCCUUGAGCUGUCUGUCCUCGACUCCCACACCGAUUCUGACUUCUGGCACAUGUCAGCCUUGGGCAUAUUACAUGGCCCCCCCAUCCCAGCUUUGUUCUUGGCCAAGAGCCUAAUGUGGUUUUGAACCUUGGCUCCACCUUAGGCGGGGCUGAGGAUGCGUGUGGUGGUAGUGGUGGUGGUGGUGGGGACAGCUUUAAUAGUCCAGAUGCCCAGAGGCAUCAGGCUGAUUUCAGUGAGAAUCUCUGGGGAAGGAGACAGGUCCCAUGUUUCUUAGAGCUCUGUUUCUUGACACCGGUGUGCCGCUGGGUUCGAGAAUCACCCAUCUUCGAACCACCUUCUCAUGUCCAAGAAACUGCUUCUAAAUCGUUCACACCCGUGCUUUUGAGCGCAUGUCUGAAAGUUUGGGCCAGUUGACCUUUCAUCUGUCCUUACGGUUCUUAAGAAGGUGCUGGGUCCAGCCCUGGCUCCAUGGCUUCUGGCCUGGAUGGCUUCCCAGACUCCGCAUCUGUAAAAUAGUGCCUUCAGUACCUGCUCCAGCAACCCCCCGCCCCACAAGGAUUUGUAAAAAUAAAAUGAGAGAGUACCAGUAGAAAGCAUCCUGUAAAACUAAGCACUGCAUACCCCAGGACUAGCGCCUGAUAAUGCAGACCUGCAUGUAACCGCUCAGUUUCUGUAUGGAGUUGCCUGAGCCAUGGCUUACCCAGAUGUUUGGUCAAACAUUACUCUGUUUCCAUGAAGCUGUUUUUGGAUGAGAUGAACAGUGAAGUUGAGGGGCGCCUGACUGACUCAGUUCGAAGAACAUGUGACGCUUGAUCUCAGGGUUGUAAGUCUGAGCCCCACAUUGGGUGUAGAGAUUAUUGAUAAAUAGAUAGAUUACUAAUAAACUUAAAUUGGUAGCCUGAGUAAGGCAGAGCACCCUUUUUCCAGUGUGGGUGGGCCUCACUCAAUCAGUUGAAGGCCUGAAUAGGAGCACCGGGGGCGGGGCGGAAGGGAAGGCUGACCGUCCCGUGACUAAGAAUUCUUCCUGCCUUUCGGAACUGAAAUGUGGGCUCUUUCUGGUCUCGAGCCUACUGGCCUUCCGACGGGAACCAUAUCAUCGCUGGGGCUCCAGCUUGCUGACUCAGCCUGCAGAACUAGGACUUGCCAGUCUUAGAAUCACAGGAGCCAAGUCUUCAUAAUAAAUAAACAAGCAGAUAACAUGUGGCUAGAGGUACAGCUAUGGGUAUACACCACCUCUUGGUUCUAUAUCUGGAGAAUCCAGACUAAUAGACUUGAUGAAAUGAAUGGAGAUGUCCCGGUGUUCCCUCCAGGUGGCCGUUACAGAAUCGAGCUCUGCUCUCUAGGACCAAACCCAGCAUGGAACCUAGACAUUGGGGUUGGAGCUACUUGGGGUUCAGAGCCUGUUCUCCUGCCCAUGGACUCCUGUGUAGUGUCUGGAACCUAAUCUAAUCUGCUUUGGCCACGGUCCGUUCAUCAGUUUCCUGGGUCCUAGGAGUCUGAGCCGUCUAGAGGGCCAUUCUCUAAAGUGAGGGGCUACCAGCCAUGCACAGGGGGCUGCUCCUUGCUCCAUCCCCUGGGCAGCAGGCUGGCUGGCCUCUGGGAAGGCAGGUUCACUUGAACCAAAGGGUAUUAAGGCCAGAAUUACCUGCCGUGCACAGGUCCGUAUGUAGUUACAUCAUGCAAACCAGGCAUUAAGAGAAAGCGCCUAAGGGGAAGGAUGACGUUGGAAUGUCCUUGGGGUGGCCCCUGGUGCCUGCCACGGUGCUGUGGCUGUGGGUAUGAAGUGGGGGGGCCUGGUGGGGGUCCAUCCCCUGCAGGCCAGGGUCAGGAUGAAGCCGGAGGGGAGUAGGGCGGUUAAGAACAUGACCCUGGCUGUUAGGUAGCGCUUGUGUUGACUUUCCACUCUGACUCGAGAGUCGCGUGAACAUGGACAUGUCCCUUAACUUCUCUAGCAGCCCCCGCGUCAGAGGACCGGGGUGCAGAUUCAGUGAGCUAACGAAUGUAAAGCCCUUGGUCUGGUCCUGGAGGAGCAGUUCUUGCAGCAACUGAGGGCCCGGGCUCUGUCGUCCUACCAGCCUGGCCUCAGUUUCCCCAGAGACUCCAAGGGCCUAUUUCAGCUGCGGCGCAUGAUUUACCCCUGAGAGCAGCUGGAGGGAGUUGGAGAGGGGAGGCGGUUGAAAUGACAUUGGCAAGAUCCUCCUUUGUCAGGGCUCCCUAGCCAAGAGGGGAAGGGGCUCGGAGCAGCUGAAUGGUGGCCAGCACCCCCAGCCCCCUCCAGGGCUGGAAUUUUUUU